AUGGCGCACUGUCGGCCUGAACGGCAAGUUACAGGAUCUUUGGUCCUCGUCUCACACGAACAUGACGAAAGGUACAAAGUUCAGUUCCGUUGGUCCGGUGGCCGGUGUCUUCUCCCUCUCGCCCAGGUGGACUGCAUCACCGUGAGCAUGUUUCCGCUCAAGGCCUGCAUCGAGGACCAGCUGCAGCGCCUGGCGGAUGCCCUCACGGUUUCUCUUAGGAACGCGGUACUUUCGAACUUCAAGGCUGUCGAUGCGUUCCUGGAAGACUCGAUGGAAAAGCUCAGCAGGCGGCCCCGCACCAUCAACGACAUCGGCGAGGCGAAACGUGACUGGAAGGAGAUGGAGUCCAAGAAGGACGAGAUUCGACGGCUCUCGACCAAGUGCGUGGGUCUCAAGGCUCUCCUGCUUCAGCACGCACCCGGAAACCAGGUGGACGCAUCAGAGGCGAUUUCUAAGAUGGCCGGCUUAGACGGGGAGGGGGGAAGGUGGGACGAGUUCGAUAUCGCCGCGGAGGCUUUCCAGGAGAUGGUAGAAGAGCAGAAGGAGAGCCUGAAGGGAGUUCUCGAGGAGGAAGUCAUGCAGUUAAAUCAGACAAUCGACAAGUUUGGUGCGAGGUGGCGGGCGCUGAAGCCCCAGGAGAUGAAAGAUUGGUCUACGGCUGAGGUGGAGCGAGUCUUCACUGCGCUUGGCGACUGGCGUGAGCAGUUCCAGGAGCACCAGAGCAAGGCGGAAACACUCAAGGAAAACUGCGUGUCGUUCGGAAUGCCGGCGCCACGACUGGAAAGCGUGGACGCCAUCGAGGAAGACUUAGCGGCCACUGAGUCUAGCUGGGCCCUCUACAAAGAGUACAGCUCCGAGCUGAAGGCCCUGGCGGAUCAAGACUGGAUCAGCUUCCGACCGAAUGUCUUCGCGCUGCAAGACCUCGCCACCAAGUGGAUCGAGGUCAUCAAGGCCCGUCUUGCCGAGGCGCAGCGAGCGGACACGGUUACCGAGCACAUCCAUCAGGCAGGUUGCCAUAGCGCAACUCACUCCGCGUUUUUCAUCACUCGCUGGAUGCGCGUGGGAAAGCUUGGCCUAGACCGCAGCGUGCGUCUGGAGAACCUCAUGGUCAGCCACUUUUUAUCGGCGAUGGACCGCUUGGCGGACCCGGCUCUGCUACAGUUCGUCAAGCAUCUGCAGUCAAGGGCACAGGGAGAGGUGGGCACAGCAGUUAUCGCUCCGCUCUGGUCGAACAAGGUCACCAUCCGUGAGGCUCUCCAAGAGCUGGUGGCAUGGUCCCAGACCGCCGAGCUCAAGCUGGUCGAUCACGAGGAGAACGGAAGGAGGACCCCGCUCAUCCGCGACUGGGGCGACGUCUUUCUCGAGCUGGGCGACAAGCAGAGUCUGUUGGCGUCCCUGAAAGAGAGCCAGUUCUUCAAGGCCUUCGAAGACCAGGGAAUCGCGUACGAGGUGCGCGUAUCCGCGAUCAUGGUAAAGCUUGGCGUGUUGGACUACGCCCUGCACACCCUAAACCAGAUCCAGAGAAAGUGGGUGUACCUCGAGCCAAUUUUUGGGAUGGGCGCCUUGCCGGCGGAGCAGGGACGAUUCCGCCGCGUUGAAGAAGAGUUCCGUGACAUCAUGGCCAAGCUAGAGGCUCUUCCAACAAACAGCGCCAACCCUGGAAACGCAUAG